UUCAAUUGUCGGGCUAAAAUGAAAACUGUCGUCUACAUUCUUUUGUCGGUGCUAUGGCUGACUUUUGCCUCUGCCGCGGUGAAUUCGAUAAUUAAAAAAAAGUAUCCUGAGUCCUGCCAAGCUGCAAAGCCCAAUAAGAAUGGCAUCUAUAAAAUCCAAAUCAAAGGCGGGGAGGUGAUGUCCGUGUAUUGCGAUGUGGCUCUGACAGGUUCACCGUGGCUGGUGAUUCAGCGACGUUCGGAUGUGAACCUUAACUUUUAUAGGAGCUGGUCGGCCUAUAAGCAAGGAUUUGGUGACCUGCAAAGUAGCUUCUUCAUCGGACUGGACACGCUGAAUGCCCUAACUGUAUCGCAACCUCAUGAGCUUUAUGUCCAUCUGGAAGACUUUGAAGGCCAAACACGCUAUGCCAAAUACGACGCGUUUGCCAUCGGCAACGAUGCCAACUUAUUUGGCUUAAAUACAUUGGGUAACUAUACCGGCACAGCUGGAGAUAGUCUGAGCUAUCAGAGAGGCAUGAAGUUCACCACCUAUGAUCGGGACAACGAUCAAAGUAAUACAACCAACUGUGCAGUUCAAUACACUGGUGCCGGGUGGUACAAUGAUUGUCAAUGGAGUAAUCUAAAUGGACUCUACUUGGGUGGUGACUAUGGAGAGGAUCAAUUUGCUCGCGGAAUAAGUUGGAUUACUUGGCGAGGCUUUAAUUAUAGCCAUAAGACCGUUAACAUGAUGAUUCGACCCAAUUAAUCAUAUCGACUCGUUUAUAUAGGCGUACAGACAGACGGACAUGGCUAGGUCGACUCCGCUUGUCAUCCUUAUUAGAUAGAGAUAGUUACUUCAAAGAUUACCACAAAACCAGUAUACCCCUUAAACCCUUAAUGGGUAAAGGUUAUGUGAAAAAAUGUAUUUCUUAACUAUAUACACUACCAAUUUUGCAUACCAAGUGUGAAGUGUCGAUAU